AUGGCAACGACUCCCCAGGAGAUGCGCAGGUUUCCCAGGCGUCUCGCGAGCUUUCGCGAACCUCAUCCUGUCGGUCCUCGCGCCUCUUCGUCCAGUCGCAAGAAAGCUGCCAAUACCACCGAAUGGCCGCAUGCAAGACCAGAGCCUGAGGCUGUAUGUCAUUCUGUAUUUGUGCCGCCACUCUACUGCAUACUAACUGUUGCUCUAGCUUGCUCGUGCUGGAUUCUUCUACCGACCCGCGACCGAUUCAGCUGACAACGUUCAGUGCUUUUGUUGUGCCGUCAAGCUCGACGGCUGGGAAGAAAGCGAUGAUGCUAUCCAAGAGCAUCUGGCACAUACCGACUACUGCGACUGGGCGACUGUCAUCAGCGUGCGACGAGAGGACGAUGACGAGCGCGACCCGGAAAUACGUGACCCAAUGUCCGUCGAAAUGACAGCUGCGCGAACUGGAACAUUUAUGCACGGAUAUGGAUGGCCUCACGAGCAUAAGAAGGGCUGGAAGUGCAAGAUCAGCAAACUUGUGGACGCCGGGUGGUCCUGGGAUCCUCAUGCAGAAGGCGAAGAAGGAGACGGCGUGUCCUGCUUCUAUUGCAAUAUGUCUCUUGACGGAUGGGAGCCAAAGGACGACCCGUUCAUGGAACACAAGCGACGCGCGCCCAAUUGUAGAUUCUUCCAGCUGCUGAGGGAAUACCACGGAGCAGAUGCAGCGAAUGGCAAAAUGAAGAAAAUCAAGGGACAGGCGAAAGCUGGUACAAGAACCAGCACUGCCAGCAAAGCUAGUAGAAUGAGCACUCAGAGUGCGAUGAGCGACAUGCCCAGUAUGGCUGGAAGCCUUGCUGAUACCCUCGACAAUGGGAGCUUGGCCGGCGUCGAUGAUAGUAUCCUCACCACCGCGACCAAUGCCUCUCAAGCGAUUACUAAGGGUAUUAAGAAGGGAGGCAGGACAAGAGCGACUGGAAAGGCAAAAAAGGGAAAGAAAGAUGCUCAGGUAGAAUCUGAGAUGGACGUCGAUCAAGCUCCGCCGGAGGAAGAAGAAUCACACAAAAGGGCUGCUAAGAGAGCACGAACUUCGAAGCAAGUGGACUCUUCCAUGGUAGAACUCAGUCAUUUCGACGCCGCUCCUCCUAAUAAGACGAGAGGCCGGAAGCCAAAUGCGCAAGCACAGCCCGAUCCACAGCCGCAGGUGGUUCAUCAAACACCAGAGCCAGAAGUAGAUGCAGGUCCCAGGAUGAGCGAGGUUUCCGCACAGCUGCACGAGGAGCUUGACCAUACUGCACCGCUCGAUCAAUCGACUCCUGUCAUCGAGCAACCCAAGCCCAAGCGCGGCAUAAAGCGGACAUCCGAUGGACUCCGCAAGGACACCCAGAUUGACUCCAGUGCCGUCGAGGUCGACGAUCCCGUCCCAGCGAAGGCCCCACCUCCUAAGCGCGGUCGAGGCCGACCAAAAAAGAUUUCCACGGAGUCGACAGACGCAGAGAAGGACAUGCGGAGCAGCGACGUGGUGCCCACCGAACAACUUGAAGCGAUGGGAGUGGAACAAUCGCAGGUGGAGACGAUUCAAGCUGCACCUGCGACAAAGAAAGGCAAAGGCAAGGCGAAAGCGAAAGGCAAAGGCAAAAAGACAUCUUCCACACGAUCUUCAAAGGCAGCCUUGGCUACCGCAGAACCGGAAGCGGCUGAGACAGAUGAGCACGAAGACCUCGAGCGAGACGAAAUUGAAAUUGAGGCAGAAUUGCAACGAAUUGCUGCUGAGCAGGCUUCUGAGCAAGCAGCAAUGCAAAACGAGCAGGAACAGGUAGAUGAGUUCGAGCCUUCGCCAUCUCAGGGUCGUGUCAGCAAAGACAGCGCGGAGAUUCAAGGCAUGCGCGACGAGGUCCAAGCGGAGGAUGAGAACAUCUCUAGAAAGGAUUUCGUAUCUCCCUGGAAAGAGCCAGCAGCUGGGCCCACUCCUAGCCCUAGUGGGAGCGAGAAGGAAAACCGCCCGUUCACUGCCUCGAGACACUCAAGCGAGAAACAAAAGUCAGCCGCCAAACUCAGCCCAACGAAGACGGUUCGCAUCCCGAUCGCUGCCAGCACUCCGCAUCGCUCGCCUGGAAAGAGGAUGCUCAGCCCUAGCAAACAAAUCUCGCAUCUUCACUCCUCUGCUCCGUGGAGUGCAGUAGACCUGGAUACUGCUCUUCUCCCCUCGCCACAGCCUACUCCCGGCAAAUUAGAAGAACAGCUCGUUGCGGCCGCUGGCAACCUGACUGAGGAAGAGAAGAAGAUGUCUGUCGAAGAAUUCGUGCGGCACCGCGCUGGCAGGGCUGAGGAACAACUCAGGAAAGGCUGUGAGCGAUUGGUGGCUGCUUUUGAGAAGGAGGGGAUGAGAGGACUGGAGAGUCUCAAUGGAAUCCAAAUUGCUGGCUGA